AUGCCACCAAAGGCAGCAAAAAAAGCACCGGCACCGAAGCCGUCGAAGUCAAAAGAAACUGGAAAGAAACCGAAAAAGGAUGUUGGAAAGAGAAAGAAAACCAAGAAUCCAAAAAAAGAAAAUUCGGAAAGCUCGAGCGAUGAAGACGAAGACGAAGAAGUUGUUGAACAAGUUGAAAAUGACCAAAUCGAUGAACAAGAGCCCAAUAAUUAUGAAUUCCUACCAUGUGGAGUCUGCAGUAACUCUGAAGAAGUGCGAAUUAUUCUAAGACAAUGCGGACAUGUUGUGUGUGUGCCUUGUAUGCUUGAAAAUUUAGUGAAUUCAAUACUAAUUGAUGCGAAGACUCGAAUUCCUUGCUUCGUUGCUGGAUGUGCUAGUGUAAUCCAUGAAAAUGACAUCAAUGCUGUACUUGAUGAAAAAGAGCCCGCUCUCGAAAUGUACAUGGGCGUCGGACAGAGACGAUACCUUCAGCACAAAUACAAUAAAUAUUCGAUAUCAUACGCACUAAUGACCGAUAACAUUAAGCAGUGUCCUUACUGUAAGUCACCAUAUGGAAAGGAAGAUGGCUGCAAUUUUGUGAUCUGUGCCAAUGCGGCAUGUGCUACCAGCUUCUGCUGGACGUGUGCAAAACCAAUUGGACGCCCAAUUUCACAUUACACAUAUGCUUCUACGUGUCGAUUGGGAUAUACAGAUUAUGAGCGAAUAUUCGCACCAUUUCAAAUGGCUCUUGACAUUCACAUUUCGGUUCUUUUCAUCUUCCUACCGUUUGUAUAUGUCGCUGCAUUUUUGUACGUGCCCAUCAUAAUCUUAUUUUUAAUUCCAAUAAGUGUCGCAUAUGGUGUGUGGUCGAAGGCGCACUCUACUUCGAAUUUUCUCAGUGGCCCAGAAUACUUUAUUACCUUUGUUAAAAUGUUCAUUUUAUCAUCAUUGAGUAUUGUUCUCGCUGUUCCAGUUGCCAUUGGUUCAAUUCUCUCUGGAAAUAUCAUAUGUUCAAUUUAUUGGGGAAUGAUUUUUUCGAAAACAGCCGGAUGCGGAUGCACAUCUGAUAAACUUAAUACUCUUCUUUGUUUGAUGAGAUGGGCGGGAAGACUGCUAGGAAUAGGCCCAUAUGGACAACUUUUGGAUAGUGCGAAAAAAGAGCGCGCUGCUGCGCGGAUAAAGAAGGAAGAACAACAAGCUGAAGCUGAGCUUCUCGAAUACGAAGCAUCAUCUUCUUCCCAAUUCUCGACACACAAAAUUGAUGAAAAUGGUUCGUCUUCGCAGACAGAAGUGUUGGAUGGUGGAGAACAAAAAUAA